AUGAAUCAGCCGGGGCCGGCCGGCCUGGCCGAGGGCAGUGGUGGGAUGGAGGGCAGUUGCAGGGAGGAUGGCCGAGCCCCUGACCCGACCCUGCUGCUGGCCGUCACUGUCAUCGGGGUCACAGCGCUCCUGUUUGCACUAAAGAACAAGAACUGCAAGAAGAAAGGUCCUAUCACCUUACAGGACUGCGACACCAAGUACUCGCUACCCUUGAUUGAGAAGGAGCAAAUCAGCCACAACACCCGGAGGUUCCGCUUUGGACUGCCCUCGCCCUAUCAUAUCUUAGGGCUUCCUGUAGGUAACUAUGUCCAUCUCUUGGCCAAAAUUGGUGAUGAUAUGGUGGUCAGGGCUUAUACCCCCGUCUCCAGUGAUGAUGACCAAGGCUACGUGGACUUAAUUAUAAAGGUCUACUUCAAAAACGCCCACCCGCAGCAUCCGGAAGGGGGCAAAAUGACUCAGUACUUGGAGAACAUGAAAAUUGGGGACACCAUCCUUUUUCGGGGACCAACUGGGUCUUUGUUCUACCGUGGGCCAGGGAGCAUUGGCAUCAAACCAUAUCCAUCAUGCAAGCCUGAAAAGAAAACGUUCCGUCAACUGGGAAUGAUUGCCGGGGGCUCAGGCAUCACGCCCAUGCUGCAGCUCAUUCGCCACAUCACCAAGAACCCUCACGACAAGACCAAGAUAUCCCUCCUCUUUGCCAACCAGACAGAGGACGACAUCUUGAUGAGAAAGGAGCUUGACGAGAUCGCCAGGACUCGCGUGGACCAGUUCAGCGUGUGGUACACCCUGGACAGGCCCCCUGUCGACUGGAAGUACAGCUCGGGCUACAUUACCGCUGAAAUGAUCAAGGAACACCUCCCUCCCCCUGGAAAGUACACGUUCAUCCUGGUGUGUGGGCCCUCAGCCAUGGUCCAAUCAGCUGUUCAGCCCAACCUGGAGCACCUGGGUUACACCAAGGACAUGAUCUUCACCUACUAACACCUCCCACGUUCAUAGCAAGUGUGUUGGGCUCCUAUUUCAAAAACGAGCUGGCUUCAUCAUAUUAAACAGGGAUGCUUUGUAACGUGUCUCCUCAAGCACCCUGAGACACUAGCCACCAGUACUCCUCUCUGGGUUGUGAGCCUACUUAGGAAGGGCCCAAGGGGCCAGAGAGGCUCCUAGCUUAGAAGCAAAAAGAGCUCCGCUGUAGUAUGUUCCUCCUCCUUAGCUAAAUAAACUUAAGUUCUCAGUAAAUAGCCCAUGGAAGAUGGCUCUGUGGGGGACCUGCUGGGUGGGGUGGGGGUAGGGGGUUGGGGGGAGGGGGGAUGCCCUCCCUGCUUGAGAGUUGGCUUCUUUGUGUGGAGCGGGGGCGGUGCCGGGUAGUCAGAUCCGGAAAUGGGGCCAGUGCUGGAAUUCUCCAGGAUGGACUUAGGGUCACACCAAGUCCCUCUAAUGUCCCUUGACCCUCUUGAGGCCCAGAGCACUGGCUUUCAUGGUCAGAUCAUCAAGAGGCUCAGGAACCCUCCAUGUGCAAUCGUUCUUCUUCCUAGUUCCUUUGAAAAUGGGAAUUGGAUUAAAAACACACAUCCAUCCCAGUAGUCCAUCCACAGGGUAAGUGGGCCCUGGGAAUUCCUCCCAGACUUCCUUCAGCCUGGAGGACAUCUGCUGAGCAGCCCCUUAGUGCUGGCCGCGGUGUCCCUGUCCUGGCACAGGCUCGGG